UAUCUGGAGGGGGAAGACAACAACCUAAAUGCGAAUUGCCAUUGUUGAAAAAUAACAUGAAAGAAAAGGAUUUAAAGUUUACAAAUUAGAAUAAUAAAAAGUAAUUUUGUAUAUUUACAAGAAUAGAUAAUUUAUAUUUAUAAAGGAAAAAGAAGAAACUGAUAUAAUGCAAUCGCCAGGAGCUAUGGAAUCCUUCCUUAACGCGUCAAAAACUGCUUUGUCACAGUUAUCAUCAUAUCAUACAAUUCGAGUUGUUCUGGGAAAUCAGACAUGCGAUUUGGAUUCUGCUGUAUGCGCUCUAGUUCAAGGAUUGUUAGAACAUGUUGGUGUCAAAAAGUGUGGUCAGGAUGAUAUUGCUGUAAUACCAGUCAUGAAUAUCCCAGAAAAAGAAUUUCGCAUUAAGACUGAAGUAGUUUAUAGUCUAAAGUCUCAUAAUAUUCCAUUAAAUUUGAUAACAUUCAGAGAUCAGAUCGAUUUGCAAAGUAUACAGAAUGAUGCUAAUAAGAAGCUGGAGCUGAUUUUAGUUGACCAUCAUACUCUCUCAAAUGAAGAUUUUGCAUUGAAUUCUUCAGUUAUAGCAAUAAUUGAUCAUCGACCAUUGGAUCCAGCCUGGUCAUGGCCUAACAUAUCAUUAACUAUAAGAAUUGUAGGAAGUUGUGCCACCCUUGUUGCACGUAAUGUUCUACAAAAGAAUGAUGGUAUUUUGGACAUUCAACUUGCAAGUCUUUUACGAGGUCCAAUAUUAAUCGACACUUGCAAUAUGUCACAUAAGGUUCGUCGGGCAACUGCCACUGAUAUUAGUGUAUUAAAUGCUCUUGAGCAACUUGGUGGACUUACAUCUGAAACAAGAACUGAAACAUUUAAUAAAAUUAUGGAUGCAAAAACAGAUAUUAGUGAAUUAACUCUUGAAGAACUUAUGAUUAAAGAUCUGAAAGUAACCAAUGGUAUACCUCUUGUAGGGUUUCCUUUUUUGAUAGAAAAUUUUCUUACGCGAGAAAAUGCAAAAGAGACAAUUGAAAAGUUUGGUAAUGAUAGAAAUUAUGAUGUCAUUAUUCUCAUGGGCCAAAAUAUAAGCGAUGAACAAAAGUGUGUAUCUAAAGAUAUUGCAGUUUUUUCAACAUUAGAUAAUCGAUUAGCAUUUGAUAUAACUGUAGCAUUGUUUUCUUUUGAAGCAUACUUAAAUUUAGAACUGAUCAAAGAAAUUGAAGAUGAGAAAUAUAAACUCUGUUUAUAUAGACAAAGAAAUAUAAAGGCAACACGUAAACAGGUACUACCAAUUGUACAGAAAACGGUAGUAAGAUACGAAACGAGAAAACGUAGGUAAACAGAAUCAUGAAAAGUAUUACAAAAGCAAAUGUGCUAAUAAAAAAACUGAUAUUUGAAUA